GAUACUCCAAUUUGUAUGAUUAAACCUAAUAGUUUUCAGUAUCCAUCGUUACAAGCAUUUGGUGAAGAAUUAGUUACGGUAUUGGAUUUCCUUCACGUUAAAUAUGUGAUUGGUUUUGGUGAUGGAGCUGGUGCUAAUGUAUUAGCACGAUUUGCAUUGGAGAAUCCAACACGUCUUCUUGGGUUAAUUUUGAUCAAUUGUACUGGCAGUGCUGCAUCUGUAUUGGAUAGCUUUAAAAAUAAAUACUUUUCAUGGUCUGGUAAACAACAAGUUGGUCAAUCGACUGAAGAUUUUUUGAUUUAUCAUCGAUAUGGUCAUCAACUAUUGGCUGAUACGAGUCCAGACAAAGAAAAUGUAAUUGAAGAAUUUCGCGAAAAACUUCAUGGAUUAUUAAAUCCAAGCAAUGUUAAACAAUACGUUUCAGCGUUUUUGAGCCGAAAAGAUUUAUCUUUAAAACAUUUAAAAGUUGAUACGUUAUUACUCACUGGUUUAUUGAGUCCGUAUGCAAAUGAAGUUGAUAAAUUGUUCCAAGAGGCCAAUAAAGAAAAGACAACAAUUUUAAAAGUUGAGAGAGCUGGACAUGUUUUAAACGAUACGCCAGCAAAAAUUGCCCAAAGUCUUUUAUUAUUCUGUAAAGGACAAGGAUUAUUAUCAUCAGUGGCAAUGCCUGGUAUAGAUCGACGUAUGUCACGUGGUAUGAGUAUGGAAGAAUAUGAUAAACCAAAUAUUCGACGAUUGUCAUUAACAACAUCAUCCUAAGAACUUUUUAUUCUUAUAUUUAAUAUAUAUAUUUA